AUGGCGGUGCCCGGCGGCGGCGGCGGGGGCUCGGCCCUGACGGUGACCGUCACCUACGGUGAGAGCGCGGGCGGCGAGGCCGGGGCUUCGGGCCUAGCGGGCGGAGGGAGCCCGGAGGCGAGCGGGGAAGGGGCGGCCUCCCCGUCCGCCCCGGCCCUUGCGCCCCCGGCAGCCGCUCCCUCCCCGUGGAAGGAGAUGAGAGAGGCGGUGGAGGGGGGCGGCACACGCAGACGGGCCCCCCAGACGCCUUCGCGCCCCCAUCCACCCAUCCCCCCGUGCAGUUGUGCAUUCAUGCAUCCAUCCCCCCACCCGUGCAUUCAUUCAUACGUACAUCCAUCCAUGCAUUUGUACAUCUACGUGUGCUUUCCUCCAUACAUACAUGCAUAGCUUGACCCCAUUCCUGAAACCCAGGAGGUUCCAAGGCCAGAGUGCCUCAGAGCAUGUGUGAAUGUGCACAGUAUUAGGAACCUAUGAGAAGAAGAACUGGCUCUUGCCGAUUUCUGUGAUGUCACAAUCUGCUUUGGCAGCCAGAGGCGUCAUAGUUCCUCUGCUGUGAUGUCAGUGGGUGCCCGGACAGGGGGGCAACUGAUGACUCGGAGAGACUGAAUUUUACCUCUGCAAUGAGCUCAGCAGGGUGACCCUAAGCAAGCUGUUCUUGCCCUCUUCCCAAAAUCUGUUUUACGGGGGUGGGGAGAGGAUAUUGAACUGAAGUUAGAGGAUUAUUUGCAAGUGCCACUGAAAUUAUAUACAAAUGGCUCAAGUCAUUCUCUUGUAUUAUCAGCCACUAUAUAUACAUGUAUUUUACUAGGAGUAAGGUCAGUAAGAGAACCUCUGCAGCACAAUCUGAUAAAUGUGGGUAAUGCAAGCUGGCUGUUCAGUGAAUUCAGGGAUGAGAAGGACCUUCAAAGGCCUGGAAACGAUGCCUUAUGAGGAACGGCUAAGGGAGCUGGGCAUGUUUAGCCUGGAGAAGAGGAGGUUAAGGGGUGAUAUGAUAGCCAUGUUCAAAUAUAUAAAAGGAUGUCACAUAGAGGAGGGAGAAAGGUUGUUUUCUGCUGCUCCAGAGAAGCGGACACGGAGCAAUGGAUCCAAACUACAAGAAAGAAGAUUCCACCUAAACAUUAGGAAGCACUUCCUGACAGUAAGAGCUGUUCGACAGUGGAAUUUGCUGCCAAGGAGUGUGGUGGAGUCUCCUUCUUUGGAGGUCUUUAAGCAGAGGCUUGACAACCAUAUGUCAGGAGUGCUCUGAUGGUGUUUCCUGCUUGGCAGGGGGUUGGACUCGAUGGCCCUUGGGGUCUCUUCCAACUCUAUGAUUCUAUGAUUCUAUUCUAUGAUUCAUGGCUCUACUGGGGUCAGUAAUAAAGACUGGCCAGUGGAUAACAGUCUUGUAGCAGGGGGAAGAAGGCAAUUUGAGGGAUGCAGGCAAAGAAGAGACAGCCUUCUUUGUUGUUCUGGCUGCGGCUGAUGGGGUUGUAGUUCAAAGGCAUCAGGAUGGCAAAGGCUGAGCCCCUGGGAGUGUACGCUAGGGGCCAUAUUCAACUAAGUCAUCAUACUCAGAAUAGACCCACUGAAAUCAGUGGACACCAAUUUAUUUCAGUGGGCCUACUCUGAGUAUGAUUAUGGUUGAACCUUUCAUGUGUGAAGCUUUACCCCAUUGCUUUAUCUCCAUGUUAGGUAAACUUUAUUUGUUAAAUACUUGCUUGUAAGACUGUAGUUUGCAGCACAUAUGGACUGAGCUAAACCCAGUUUGUAAUCUGAAUAUAUUUUCAUUAUGGUAUUUUCAGGUAGCGAAAAACACAGUCUUCAGGUUGCUUCUCAAGAAGAAGACAGUCAGCCAACAGUACGUGAUAUGGCUCUCUUAAUUGAACAAGUAACUGGAGUUCCAAUUUCUUUUCAGAAACUGAUAUAUAAAGGUAAGUAACGUUUUUAUAUUUGCAGCACAAUCCUAUGCAUGGCGACUCAGAAUUAGGCUCCACUGAGUUCAAUGGGGCUUACUCUCGUGUGUAUAGGAUUACAUGCAAAAUAUCAGUUAGAACUGGUCUUAAAUAACCAUAUACAAUUGGGUGAGGAUUUAUUUUUGCUGAAUAGCUAUGCUAAUUUCAUCUCUUUUUAAAAAUUGAUUUAUCCAGAGAACAGAUCAUGAAUCAGUUAAAACUACAAAGUGAGUUUUAUUUAUCACAUGCUGAAGUACGUGCAUGUAUUGUGAGAGAGAACAAUUAAUCACCAAUAUUCUUUCUUUGGUUUUUCUUACUAAUAUAUUUGCCCAGGCACUGUGUAUUUGAGUCAAGCUUACACAACUUUUGGCUCAUCAACCUGAACACAGCAGCCUACUAGGCAUGUAUGAUAUUUGGCACACCUCCCCUUUUUUACAGUUUCAUGCAUUACACAGGAGAUAUGAGAGGUUUGUUGAGCCCAUGAUAAAGAGCUAUAAUGGAUGGUGGGCUCUGUUCACAUUAAUGGGUUACAGUGUGCUGGGCCAGUUUUAAUGUUUCAAAUUUAUUAUAGUGCAUGUAGUUUGAAAAGGAACAUGAAUGGUAUUACUGCUACACUAAUUUCCGGGAUUCUUGUAACCAUUUUAAGGUAUUAGGAACCUAUGAGAGAAGAAUAACUGGCUCUUGCCAAUUGUUGAAUUUUAUUUUAUUUUAUUUUAUUAAACUGAGUAUCAAAGUAACGCUAAAAACCUUUUCAGAUGGUUUCAUUUGUCUUCUGUUUUUGUUUUGUUUUGAAAAAGUUUUGUUUUGUGCUUUCCUUUUAAAGAGAACUAAGCUGGAUAUUUUAUCAAAUAAAUAGAGCCUCUUAAAAAUUAUGUUUAAUGUUUAGAAUGAGUACAGCCUGUUCCAGUAUAAGCAGCUGAUUCUCUGUGAUGUCACAAUAUACUUUGGCAGUCUGGGGUGUCAUAGCUCCUCUGCUGUGAUGUCAGUGGGUGCUUGGACAGCUGGGCAACUGGCUCAGAGAGACCGCAAAGACCUUCGAAUGUGAAUUUUGAAAUCUAUGAACAACUGUUGUUAUGUCAUUAAGGUGUGCCCUAGGCUUCCAAGUGAUACUUUGUAUCAAUAUCAACAACGGAACAUUUGUGGAGCCUUUUAUGUUAAUCAGGUGAUGCUUUCAGCUUUAUGCUGGUAUAGGUGUAUAAAAGGUAUGCAAGUUGUUCCAUAUUUGUAAAUGAACGUAAAACUGACUCUUCAUUUUGUUUGCCGAAGUUUCCCAAAAUAAAUUUGUAGGUUUCUUUGUUUUUCCUCCUAGGAAAAUCCCUGAAAGAAAUGGAACAGCCUUUGGCAACAUUUGGAGUUAAAAACGGUUGUAAAGUCAUGCUGAUUGGAAAAAGGGUAACUUUCAUUUUAUGAAGGCUGUCUCUCUCUCCCUCCACACACAGAAACACACAUGGAUGAACAUGUAUCGUUGCGCUUCCUAAUAUGAGAAGUAAUAUUUCCCCCCCCCUUGGUAUUCAAUAAGACAUUUGCUCACUUGCUAUUUCUUCUCAAGCGCAGAGCACUUUCUCCUUGCUCUCUAGUAAGGAAAACUGACCAUGCUUUUGUUUCCCCGUUUUUUCACUUUUGGAGGGGGUAGUUUUAUCCGAUCCCUGGCUUGGAUCCACUAUUUGCACUGCUGCACAGCCUCUUGCACAAGCAUGAGCAGACGAUGUCUCUCCAUGCCGCACUGCAAUGUGUUACAGGAUGAGAGGUGGUAAAUAAGGAAGGCUAGUGAACCCUAGUGGAUCACAAAAAGAUUUUGAAAAGGAGCUUGCACAAGCAGAUGAACUUCUCUAGAUUUAGUGUCAGCUAUCCUGCAAUACUCCUCCACUAAUUUAGAAGCAGCUCUUCCACUCAAGCCCCUGAUUUUAGUAGGACUUAGUGCCUAACUUGCUGUGGAUUCUUUCCCCCUUUUCUAAUGUCUUUUCUGCCUUCUGUCCUCUUUGUUCUUCCCAUGUUGCUCUUCUUUUGUUCUGUUUAUCUUAAAAUGUAUUAUUUUGCCUUUAAAAAAAUCGUUCACAGGGCAGUAUGCAAAACAUCUUCAAAUAAUGGAGCAUUAAUUAACCAGUAACCUUGUUUUACUGUACUUGUUCCUACCCAAUAAACUCUCUGUUCUCUACUGAAAUUUUUAUGUGCCUUGCAUAUCUGCGACAAUCCUUACUUCUCUCUCAAACAGAACUGGAAGGAACCCAAAUCAUCUAGAUUGGGGUGGGGAACCUGUGCCCCCCCUUGAUGUUGUUAGAGUACAACUCAUAUCAUAUUUGAACAUUGGCCAGGCUGGCUGGAGCUGAUUGAGUCCAGCAACAUCCGGGGGACCACAUAUUCUUUACCCCUGAUCUAAACGAACUUGCUUUUUGAAAAGGAACCCCUCCUUUUCCUAACGACGCAAUUUAAAAUACAUUCAUCUUCCAAAAUCUUAACUGUAGCUGUAUGUUACUGCUUUGGAUACUGUUUUCUUUUGCCGAAGAACAUAAAAUAAUAACUUCUAGGUACAUAUUAGUAUUUGCCAACAGCAGUAACCAUCUUUACUUGGUUGCACAUCCAUUGAAAUAGUGAGCCUAUUGAUUAAAAAAAAAAAAACAACACGAAGAAAAUUGAUAACUGUUAGAAGUAGAGAGAAGCGAGGGUGCUGAAUGGAGUAAUAGCAAGCUUCUAAAUCUUUGUUAAUGUAUGCUAGAAUAAAUGUAUCAUAAAUGUUAGGAUUGAUGUAAACCUGUGCCAUCUUGUUCUAAAUUACCCAGAAUAGUCCAGAAGAAGAAACUGAAUUAAAGAAAUUGAAAGAUUUGGAGAAAUCUGUGGAACAAAUAGCAAAAAAAAUAGAAGAUGUUAAUAAAGAGCUUGGAGGUAUUCAAAAAGUAAGAUGAUUUCUUAUUUCAAUAGUUUACCUAGCGUUAUAAUUUUUAAUUGUUGAUACUAUAUUUCCUAAUUUAAAUGAAUUUACCUCAAAAGGUCGGUCACCUAUCUUAUAUUUAUUUUUCUUCUAGAAAAAUGCUCUAGCUAUUUCUUGACUCCUCUUUUAAUCCUUCAAAAUAAUAAAGGGUGUAUAAUAGUAUUUUGAUAAACAACAUGAUAAAUUAUAUUAUCUAGAUAAGAUGUCUUCAGGUAUGCUAUGAAUAAAUUUUUAUGAGAAAUUACAAUUUCCAUACAGGGAUUUCUAGCAAAGAAUCUUCAAACUGAAGCUCUUAACCAGUUGGACAAGCGGAUCAAGGGAACUGCUGAACAGUUUAUGAAGAUUCUGGAACAAAUUGAUGCCAUUGUGAGUAAAGAAUUAUAGCAAUAAGUUGUUGAUCUCUGAAAGAACGUUUAGUUGUACUUUUAAGUAAUAUUGGCUUCGGAAUAGUAGGCUUUCCUAGUCACUUAGUAGACACCAAAUUAAUGGCUUUUUAGGGCUUUUUAUGAACCCGUUGUUUCCCCACUGUUAAAUAGGUAUCUCUGUUACACUGCCCAUUUUCUGUAACACAAAAACAAUAGUUCCAUAUACACAUUCUGCAUAAGCAUCCUAUUAUCAUUUAUCAAAUUAUUCACUGUAUUCAGUUUACUAAGGCUCCCACUCCAGAAAAGCGAUACAGCCGUCCCCCCACUCACGCAGGGGUUUGUUCAUAAGGGAAAUCACGUCAAGUGGGGAGCACCUUCUAAAAAGCCUCUAAAUGCCUGUUUUCUCCUACUCUCCAGCUCUCCACACAACUCUCUCUCUCUUCAACUAGUUGAAGUUCUGGGGCCGGCUGGAGGACGCGUGGGACAGCAAUGGCUGCUGCACUGCCCCAUGUGUCAGCUGUUAGGUGGGGAGGCUGAGCAGCCUAAACAAAGCCCCACUGCACCUCAGGUCUCUUUGGGGCUUCCUCUGCCCUCACUGACGUCCUCUUCAGGCUCUGGAGAGGGCCUCUUUACGAGCCAUGAGGACUCUCUAGCUCUCUCCCACCAUUUCCUUGUAUGAUUCUAUUUAUUUAUUUUCUAGUGCUGCACAUAUGCACAGUUGUGCGCGAGUAGAACACGCGUAAGUGGGGGUAAGCCUGUAUACAUACAUAAGCCUGUAAUACAUCUUUAACUUUCACAAAGCCUCUUUAAAUCCCACUAGCGUUGUCUGUUCAUCACAUAUGCUUUUCAGAUAAUCUGUAAACUUUCCCCAGUCCUCGAUGAACUUGUGAUCCCGUUGAUAUCUAAUCUUCCCAGUCAGUUUAUCCAGUUCUGCAUAGUCCAUAAGUUUCAUUCUCCACUCUUCAAGGCACCUUUCAAAGCUGUGUAGAUGAGCUGCUAGUGUUCUAAAGAAAAAUAGCUUUCUUGCACAUUUGGAACUUCUCAUGUACUCCUCCAGACUAGCGCCCCAAACUUACAAAUUCAAAUGCAAUUUGUCCUCAUAGAAGCAAAACAUUUUCUUCUAUUUUGCUCACAAAUGGCAGAAAAGACAAAGAAAAGUGAAUCCUGUUUUUAUUUAUUUAUUUUUAAAUAAAACCUUUUUAAAAGUUGGAAGGACCAUUUCAUGCACAGUGAUUUCCCCACACCAAUAUUGCUUCUCUGUAGGAAAGUAUUUGCAUUGUGUUUAUCGUAACAUCACAAUUGGCAGAAUGUAUCUGUUUCACCAAAGGUAUACAUGAUAGAAGUCUGCAGUGCAUCACAGCUUCUUACCAUGUACACAUGCAGCAAAAUAGGUACAUAACAUGUUCCUCAUGAGUGUAUCUGCUCUUUCUUGCACAGAAAUAUUAACUGAGUCUUAAGCUGUUAUAUUAUAAUGUGAGAGGUUUACUUCUGCUAGGCUUGUGGGAUUCUGGGUCCAUUUGAAGUACAGUCUAUUACACUGGCUCGGGCUUCAAUAGCUUUAAGAGAACUAGGUUUUUGUCAAUGUAUUGUAGGUUAGGAAGACUAAUACAUAGCGAGGUUCAAUAUCCAUCUGUAACUACAAAAUCAGAUUGAGGUUUUCAUUUAUUACAGUAUGCAUGCUAAAUAUUAGCUCUUUUUGUCCACAAAGAAAUUGGGAGAUACUUUCCUUUAACUACUUAUUUUUUACAAAACAUUUGUAAAAUGUUCCUAGACAGCUUACAAGUACAGUGGUACCUCUAGAUACGAACGGGAUCCGUUCCGGAGCCCCGUUCGCAUCUAGAGGUAAACGUAUCUAGCGACGGUACGUCUGCGCAUGCAUGUGCCGCUUUUCGCCGCUUCUGCGCAUGCGCGUGACGUCAUUUUGAGCAUCUGCGCAUGCGCAAGCAGCAAAACCCGGAAGUAACACGCUCUGUUACUUCCGGGUUGCCACGGAGCGCAACUCGAACACGCUCAACUUGAAGCAAAUUUAACCCGAGGUAUGACUGUAGAUCAAAUGUUUAAAUGCCAAAACUUCCAUUCCUUUUAUCAUUUCUUAGAAUACAUAUUUUAGAACCUUAUUUAUAGGUUGCAAAUCAUUCAUUCCUUUAGGUAUUCAGGUAAUUUUUAUUCAGAGUAGACCCACUGCAAUUAAUGUAUCUUAGUCUUAUUCAUUAAUUUCAAUGGGUCUUCUCUGAAUAAAAAUUAUCUGAAUACCACACUGAAAGUCCUGAUUAAUUACAUUCUAGCUCCAACAGAGCUAGGAGAAUGAGAUCAAACACUUUUGUGUUAAUAGCCAGUCAUUGUGUUCCUCAUUUAUACUUGAAGAACUUGUUUAAACAUGCAUUAGUAACUUUAGAAAAAUGAACUGAUGUGCUUAUGCAACUUCAUUAGCAGAUACAAGGGGGUGUCUGUAAGACUGCUAAAAUAAAGAUGCACCUUUAAAUAAUUAGAUAACUGGUUUUUGUAAGCUUUUCAAAAUAUUUUGGAGAUGAAAAUACUAGUUUUGUAACCUUUAAAAACCUAUUUUCUCUUUCAAAUAUUGGACUAAUUUAUGUUCUGACCAUUGAAUAACUAAACCUAGAGAUGUUAUAAAUUUAUUACUUAGUUUACUAAAUAGCCAUUCUUCUUUUUUCUUCUAAAAGAGCCCAGUGCAGCAAACAUCAAAAUAUUAAAAAAGAAUAAAAAGAUAUUUGAGAUAUUGUAAAGCUAAUUAGGAACCAGCUAAAAAAACAUUUCAAAGCACUUACAGCAUCUAAAAUCUUUAAGAGAGGGUAAUGUGGGUUUUCCAUAAAAAUUUGAACUGGAAAAUCUCUGAAAAAGUUACACUGCUCAACUGAAAAGGAUGUGACUUAGUAUUUUUAUUUGACUUACAUUGGUUAAAAAAAGGCCUUAAAAAAGUAAUUCUGAUUUUACAUGCUGUGUAAAAUCUGAAAAGUUUUUCCAGUAGCCUAAAGUAGUUGAAGUAUUUGCUUAAUCUGUACUUGGUGCAAUUCAAAAAGAUCAAAUUCUUCACUUGGAAAUGAUUUUUAUUGGAAUGUUUUAGGAAGGCGUAGACCUUGGGAGUUGCAUAAUGCAAUGUUUACCACAAUAAUUACCGUAUUUUUUGCUCUAUAAGACUCACUUUUUCCCUCCUAAAAAGUAAGGGGAAAUGUGUGUGCGUCUUAUGGAGCGAAUGCAGGCUGCAUAGCUAUCCCAGAAGCCAGAACAGCAAGAGGGAUUGCUGCUUUCACUGUGCAACGAUUCCUCUUGCUGUUCUGGCUUCUGAGAUUCAGAAUAUUUUUUUUUUCUUGUUUUCCUCCUCCAAAAACUAGGUGCGUCUUGUAGUCUGGUGCGUCUUAUAGAGCAAAAAAUACGAUAAUAAUGCAGAGUUGUAUGGAAGGGCACAAAUUGGAAGAUGAAAUUGAAGUCCAAACAGAUGAACCCAUCCCAACAUUUUAAUAUUUCAUUAUUACUAAUGUAGCAGUCCUCUUCGUCACUACAAUAGUCCUGUCAUGUAGGCUAGUUAUUCCCACUGUAAGAUGGAGAACUGAGAUUGACUUGCCUACAAACCAUCCAGGGAGCCAGGCCUGAGUGAAAAAGGAUUGCAAUCUGGUCCAAGUCCAAAAUAUCUGUUGGACCACACUGGCCAAUAUGGAUCAUAAGAAGGUUCUACAACAACUAUGUGAGAUACAGCUUGAUACAGAUCAGGGAGAAAUUGCCUUCCCACCCCUAAAAAAGCAGUGAUCAUAAAAUUAUAAUUAUAAAAGCAACAAUCCCAGAAAAUAAAAAGCAACAGGGACAGCACACUGAGAAUAGAUAACACAUUCAAGAAUGCCUUACUGAAAAAUUCAUUAGAAUAAUAAUGUUGUUAAUUGAAGCCUGGAGAUAAAGUGAUCCGGCCUGAUUUCUCAAGGCAGAGACUAGUUUCAUAGCUUGGCCACAACCACCAAGAUGCACCUCUGAUGGUAGUGGGAUGCAGAACCUCCUCUGGAGACUGAAGUGUGCAGACAGGUUCAUAUGGGUAGAGGGAGGCUCUUUAGAUAUCAAAGUCCCAAACCAGCUCUGAAUUGAAACAGCCCAUCUGAAAACAUUCCAAAUGAAUAAUGAACCAGGCUCCCUCUGCAAGAUGUUGCUAUCACCAAGCCCUUAAAUUGCAGCUGGUGACAGGGUCUUGCACAAGCACCCCAAGCAUUAAAUUAUAUUUAUUGAUGAACUUUAUUUUAAUUGAAUAUUCAAAUGUUAUUGUAACUCAAGGUGUAUUGCUAACUUCACCUCUUAAAACCUUGAAUAGUUGGACAACGUAUUCCUGGAGAGGAGACGUAAGCUGACUUAAGGUAAAAAGGAAAGAUGGUGAGAUCUGAUUUGAAUGUUACUGUAAUGUUUUUCUCACACCACCAACUCGGAAUUGGUGACGUUAAGAUCUGUUUGGUGCUGUGAUCCUGUGUUUGCCAGUUGCCUAGUGAAUAUGAGCUUUCAAAACACAGUCUUGGGGAUCUUGUUGAGUGUUCACAACCAGGGCUAUUUCUGAGCGGAUUCCUUAAGUAACUGAUGUGAAGCCUGUAGCUAUGACAAAAUUACAAAUGUCAUGUUCCAAUCAUAUAUAUUAUCUAUCUAUAUAGAAGAGGCGUAAGGUGCCCUUCAAAUAUUCUUGGACCAGCUCUUAUCAGCUCCUGUAAGCAUAGCCAAUGGUCAGGGAGUUUCUUUAUUACCGUAUUUUUUGCUCUAUAAGACUCACUUUUUCCCUCCUAAAAAGUAAGGGGAAAUUUGUGUGUGUCUUAUGGAGCGAAUGCAGGCUGCGCAGCUAUCCCAGAAGCCAGAACAGCAAGAGGGAUUGCUGCUUUCACUGCACAGCGAUUCCUCUUGCUGUUCUGGCUUCUGGGAUUCAGAAUAUUUUUUUUCUUGUUUUCCUCCUCCAAAAACUAGGUGCGUCUUGUGGUCUGGUGCGUCUUAUAGAGCGAAAAAUACGGUAAUUGAAUUUAUAUCCCACCCUUCCUUCGUGAGGAGCCCAGAGUUGUAGUCUGACAACACUCAGUGGGCCACAGGUUCCCCAUCCGUGGUGCAAUACUGACAUGACAAUUUGUUUCUCCCUAUCAUUUUUAACAAGUUUCCCUUGGUUCCCUGUAAUGUACUUUUGAAUUAUCUGUGACAAUUAAGUGAGCUUCUUGUAUUACUUUGGAAAUUCUUAAUUGCGUUUUCCUCUUGCUCGGCACAGUGUUCCCUGCAAAAUGCAGACCUUCCUCUUACAGAAGGUGAAUUGUGUUUUAGAACUCUCCACUGAGGGAAACGUUUAACCUAACUAACACAGUCCCUAUUUUCGGAAUAGAAUAAACCUGCCAUAACACCAUUUAGGAUCCAGAAUGGUUCAGAGGAUACUUCUUGGACAGUCUGAUGUAUGCUUUGGUGGCUAAGAGUAUGAGCCAGGAAAUCACUGGUUCAAGUCUAGCCUCAGUCACAAAGUCACCAGGUGGACUUGGGCAUGGAAGUGUCUCAGCUGUAGCCUCCAUCAGCAGUAUGGGAUGAUAGUACUCUAGGACAUUGUAUUGAGCACUUGAGAAUCCUUGAUAUUUAUCUAUUUUAUUUAAGGGCUGUAUAACCUGCCUUUCAACAGGCUCCCAGGGUCUCUGACAAAAACUUAGAAUUACAGUGGCUGAUAUUCAAUGUUCAUUAUACUCAGAGUAGACUCAUUGAAAUUAGUGAACGUUCCAUUUCAGUGUGCCUGUUCUUAGUAUGUUUUAACAUUAAAUAUCACCCCCAAAAAUUAAAACAACCACUUUGAAAUAACCACAGUAUGAAAGAGCAUUGUUAUUUAAGUAAUCUUUGUGUCCAAAUACAUUUGUGCAGUCAGUAGAUUUUUCACCAUAUCAGUCUAAUUUGGCAGACUGAAGUGUCCACUGAACCAUUUUGUUCCACUGGGAUAAUACAUCAAUCCAUAAUUUUAUGUCUCUUGCUUAUCAAUAGUAUCUACCGUAUAUAUACUGUGCACUAAUAAUUCUGUGCCAAGAUAAUUCUCAUAAUUCUGUGCCAAGAAAUCUGGGACCUGUAUAUAUUUUAAUUUUUUUUAAUACCUUGUUUUUCAUAAUUCUGCUUUUUCCAGUUAUGUGGUAGGUUAAGAACUAUGCUUGCCCGUGAUGCCUUGUGCUGACAGCUAAAAAUCCAUCCCAGUCCAUCCUCUGAUUUAGGUUUCAAAGUGUGGGGGUCAUUUUCUCCAUUCUUCACAAUAUUGGAGGCUAGCAGUAUUUAGCGGAGAAGGACAGCUGAGAAUUUAAUACCUGGUGAAAAUUUUCAAGUUGGUCAGGCAUAAUUGUAAAAUAUACAAAUAUAUAUAUAUGGAUAUAUAUAUAUAGGCGAUCGUUGUUGAAAACCUGUGUAACAUAGAUUUUAAAUCCGAAAUGAAAGGUCAAUAUUUCAUCCAUAUUUGUUCAUUCUGAAAAGUUGUUAUUUAAAAAGGAACUCUCUGUGGAAAUUACUGUGAUGUGUCUGCACCAUGAUUUCUAUAAUUAGCUAACAUUUCUGGGCCCAUAACUGGGCUUAAGCAAAACUAAGGUGACACUAGUGUCAGCUUAUAUUCAAAAGAACCCUGUGUUUAGAGUUAAAUGGUUAUGGAAGCGGCAUUCAAAAUUAGCUUGUAAAUGACAAGGAGGACAUUUUUUGCAUUUGAAAUAUAUAGAUUCAGGAGAGAAAGAAUUAACACAAGAGUAUCCAGAGUGCAAUGAACACAAUUUGGGUGUGUAAUAAAUGGGUUGGAUAGUUUUAAGGUCCGCCUACAGAAUAAAUUCAGGAGAAGGCACACUCCUCUGUCAAGUUUAACCAAGAGCCUCACAUGUGGACCUGAAUUCCACUGUCAUAGCACUUUGUGUUGCUUGAUGAGGGACUUGUGUGAAGAGGAACUUCGCAUUCUGGUUUUUUGUUUGUCUGUUCUUUUGAAGGCUAGGUGGCAGCAGCUUCCGGUGGAAAUGUUAAGAGCUCUAGUAUCUAUUGUAACUGAGUCUUUCAUUUUGGUAAGCCUGCUUUGCAGAUGCUAUAACUGUUCAAAUGGCCUAGGAUUGCACAUAACUUGUGAGAAAACACACAAAGUCAUAUCUAUCUGCUCUGCAGAUAGUGGGGAGGUGGGGAACGGGAUGCAGCUGGCAGACAAGAUAAUCAUCCCCCCAACAGGCCAACUUUGACAGGUGGACAGUGCUACCCACUUGUCAGUUUCCUGACACCACAGUGGAAUCAUGUGUCCAUUUUUUGACCACUGCAAAGCAUUUUGCCAGUGCCACAACCAGCUAGUUAUCAAAACUUGUGAAGGCAGAUGUAUGGCACAGCGCAUGACCUGAUUUCGGGUUCUUGCGAAGCCCCUUGCACAUCACUUUGUAGGUAUGGUCCGUGCUGCUGCGUCACCUACAUGGAAAUGGCUGGUGUAUAGAGUUGCUAGGCAUGCAGCAAGUAUAAACUAGCAGUGCCACUGGACAGAGUAUCUAAUGAAUUUAGAUUAUAUAGGUGAUUGGUUCUGUUUAGGCUGUCAUUAGAAUUGUGCAUAUACCUACUGAGGUACCAAUUGCAAAAACUAUAUUUGGACAUACAACUUUAUAUAUUGCUUUUAUAAUUAGACACCAUCCAUUUUGUUUUGCCACAGACUCUCCCAGAAAACUUCAGUGACUGUAAACAGAAAAAGAAGGGGCUAGUGAAAAAAGUUCAGGUAAGUCCUGUACCAAGUGGAACUUCCAAGUUUCUUGAAAAAUCACGUGACCUCUGUUAAAAUCUCAAAAACAAAACUCCAAACUUUCAAUCAUUUGAUAUGCAUAUAGACAAUCUCAUUGAGAAACAGAGAAAUAAUUAAAAAAAGAAAAUAAGUAUGUACAUGGUUGUAUCAAGAAGUGAAGAAAAAACAAGCAUCGCCCUAGCUAUGUGUUUAUUACCAUUUGUAUUGGUUACAUUUCCCAUGCAGGACCUUGGAAAUGCAUUUUAAAUUUCAGAAAAUAUAAACAAAAUAGUAGUCCAGAACAGCAUGUAGUUUGACAAAAGCACCUAGAAGUCACAUUGCUCAUCAGUCUCAGGCUCUCUCCCACUCCUCAGAGGAGCAUUCAGUAGUUGAACACCUGAUCAUCUCUUUUUUUUCCCUUGCAGACUUUCUUGUAGAUAGCAAACAUUUAUAUUUGAAUAGCUGAAUGGCAACAAUUUCAUGGAUUCCCAGUGUUAAUCUACUGGUUCCUAAGUAGUCAAACUAUUGCUUGCAAACUGGGAAUGAGCCUUGGGAAUGCAUGUGUUCCCUUUCUGGUGUGUCUUAACCCUUCCUGUUCCUGUUUCUUUAACUGUGGUUUUGCAUUACAUUUGCACCAUUGCCUAAUUUUGGUAAACACUAAUCAUGCUCCCUCUCAACUGUGAUUUACAAGCCCACUAUCAGUUUGAACUCUUGGUCAAGAUGGAAACCAUGAUUUUCAGAUGUAAAACUAUGGUUAAGAAGAACAGGAAGGGUGGGUUCAAUUCAAAUUAAAGAGGGUAAAGAAAGCUAGAGGGAGGGAGCACCCUUUCCUGAGGCUGGCUUCCAAAUUGCAAACUGGUUAUUGCUACACCAGAUCUUAGGUAUGUUUUAUAGAAAGUUACUUGUGCCUAUAAUUCAUAAACUAAGUUGUUCUUGCUGUCUUUCCUAUAUAAAAAAAAAUUACUAUGCUUGGUUUUUAGAUACCCUAUUGCAUUAAGCCUCAUUGUCCUUAAUUUUGCUUUUAGGGUUUCCUUGCACAGUGUGAUACAGUGGAAGGCAGUAUUGGUCAAGAAAUUGAUAAACUGCAGUUGAAGAACAUGGCCCUGGCAGAAUGA